UUUCCCCCACACGGGCCCGCCCAGGCCGGGCCGGCUGGCUGGCUGUGGCGGCGGCGGCUGCGCGCUGCGGUUCUGCGCUCUCAUCAUGGCGGCGGCGCGGGGCCAUGUGCAGGACCCCAACGACCGGCGCCUCCGGCCCAUUUACGAUUACCUUGACAAUGGCAAUAAUAAAAUGGCAAUCCAGCAGGCAGACAAGUUGCUGAAGAAACACAAAGACCUUCACUGUGCUAAGGUUUUGAAAGCAAUCGGCCUGCAAAGAACCGGGAAGCAAGAUGAAGCAUUCACUUUAGCACAAGAAGUAGCUGCUCUUGAACCCACGGACGAUAAUUCGUUACAAGCUCUGACUAUUCUAUACCGGGAAAUGCAUCGGCCGGAGCUGGUCACAAAACUCUACGAGGCAGCUGUGAAGAAAGUUCCCAGCAGUGAAGAGUAUCAUUCCCACCUCUUCAUGGCCUAUGCAAGGGUUGGGGAAUACAAGAAAAUGCAACAGGCUGGAAUGGCACUUUAUAAGAUUGUUCCCAAAAACCCUUACUAUUUUUGGUCUGUGAUGAGCUUAAUUAUGCAGUCUAUAUCUGCACAGGAUGAAAAUCUCUCAAAAACCAUGUUUUUGCCUCUAGCUGAAAGAAUGGUAGAAAAAAUGGUGAAGGAAGAAAAAAUUGAAGCUGAGGCAGAAGUUGAGCUUUACUACAUGAUUCUAGAACGCUUGGAGAAAUACCAGGAAGCUCUGGAUGUUGUGAGAGGAAAAUUAGGAGAGAAGUUAACCAGUGAGCUCCAGAGCAGAGAGAACAAGUGCAUGGAGAUGUACAAAAAGCUGGGCAAGUGGCCAGAAUGCAACGCACUGUCCAGGAAACUUCUGCUGAAAAACCCAGAUGAUUGGCAGUUUUAUAUGAUCUAUUUCGAUUCCAUCUUUCAACUGAUUGACGCAGCCUGGACUCCCCCAGCUGAAGGAGAGCACUCUCUCGAAGGCGAAGUGCAUCACAGCACAGAGCAAGCCAUGGCUUUCAUAGAGCAGAGGAUAACACAAGAAGCCAACAGCGCCCGGCCACUCCGGGGACCUUUCCUCGCCCGACUGGAGCUGAUCAGGCGCUUGCGGCACAGAGGCUGCAGUGAAGAACACAAAUUGGGUGAUCCAGAAGAGCUGAUGUUCCAAUAUUUCAAACAAUUUGGGGACAAACCCUGCUGCUUUACUGAUCUCAAGGUGUUUGUAGAUCUCCUCCCACCAACCCAAUAUACAAAGUUCAUCAACCAGUUGCUGGGGGUCAUCCCCCUGUCUGCACCAGCAGAAGAGAGACUUGCACUACCAGCUAACAUCAAAGCUUUGCAGCAACACUUGUGUGUCGUGCAGUUGACAAGGUUGCUUGGCCUCUACCACACCAUGGACAAAGCCCAAAAACUGGGAGCCAUCCAGGACUUGAUGUCACGAUAUCGGCACGGACUGAAUUUUGGAAAAUCUUGUUUGAAAACCGAGUUGCAGUUUUCCGACUACUACUGUCUGCUUGCUGUUCACUUGCUCCUUGACAUCUGGCUAGAGGCAGGUGAGGAGCCGGCUGCCUGGCACUGCUUGACUUUACUAGAAGAAGGGCUGGCUCACAGCCCCUCCAAUGCUCAGUUCAAAUUGUUGCUCAUCCGGAUCUACUGCAUGCUCGGGGCGUUUGAACCAGUCGUGGAGCUUUACUCCAGCCUCGAUGCCAAGCACAUACAGCACGACACCAUCGGUUACUUGCUGACACGCUAUGCCACAGCCUUCGGUCACUAUGCUGCCGCGUCACAAUCCUGCAACUUUGCACUCAGGUUUUUCCACUCCAACCAGAAAGAUACCUCAGAAUACAUUAUUCAAGCCUAUAAAUAUGGUGCAUUUGAGAAGAUCCCAGAAUUCAUUGCUUUCAGGAACAGACUAAACUCCUCACUUCACUUUGCACAAGUCCGCACAGAACGGAUGUUACUGGACCUCUUACUUGAAGCAAAUAUAUCAGUGAGUUUGGAAGAAAGUAUAAAGUCCAUGAGCCUCAGUCCAGAAGAGGAUGACAUUCCCUGGAAUGACCUGCGGGACAACCGAGACCUCACUGUCUUGUUUAAUUGGGACCCAAAAGACAGGGGCAUUUCUGAAGAACACAAGGAACUCUCCUUGGAGGAAGAGACCAUAUGGUUGCAGAUCCGAUCUUUGAUGUUGCGGCUCAUAAGUGGCCUGCCAGCUCUUGGCCACAACGCCCAGCCAAAGAACUCCGAGAAAACCACGGAAAAUGGCGUCUCCUCCAAGAUCGACAUGAUAAGAGCUCUGCUGCGGAAGCUGGAUGCUGCAGUGAAGUCCGGAAAGCAGUUCCUUGAGCAGAAAGUUCAGUAUCCGGUCCUUGGCCCCCCACCUUCCCGAAUGGCUGGUUUCUUCAACAGUGGGAGCUGCCAGUGCCAGACCAGCUUAUUUCACCUUGUUAGUGAAAUUUAUGAAUUAGAUACUAUUGGGUUAGAAGAUUCGGCAGCAAUUCAAGAGAGAAUAGGAAAUAGCUUUAAAUCAUUACUAGAACAACUAACAGAUCAAUUCAAUAAAUGUAAAGGUGAUUUGUUGGAAGUCAGGGAAGGCAAGUUCCAAACCCAUCCGAAUAUUUUAGAAAAUCUGGUCUUCUUCGUGGAGACCAUCUCCAUUGUUCUGUGGGUAUGCAGUUAUUCUGACGCCGUCCUCAGGCCCUACAGAUCAAGCUUGCAAAAGAAGAAAAAGAAGAAAAAAGAGAGUGUUGUAGCAAUGCCCCCUGUGUUCACCAGCUUUCAGGAUUACAUUUCCGGUCUCCAGGCUCUCAUUUCCAAUGUGAUAGAUCAUAUCAAAGGGCUGGAAAUCAAUCUAGCUGCGCUUAAACUUGAAGAACUCUCCAUAGAGGACAAUUUACUGUCGCAGGAAGAAAAGAAGUUUACAAAGACUGUGCUGAGGAAAGUCCAGAACAGUUACCAACAUGCGAUACAGGAAAUGGGAGAACUGCUGAAAAAGAGACUUGAUACCAUCAAAACUCUAAAGGUUUAAGGAAGUGUGUCCUGGGUGCCAAGGGUCAAGAUUGAAAUGCCGACAACAGACAAGAAACAGCAUCUGCCACCAUCCCUUCAACGUUUAAAAUCUGGAACUUCCUCAAAAAUGCAUGAAGGACUUUUGAUCGUAAAAAUAGUUUUUUUUUAUGUAUUAAAAAGAUAUAUUCAA